UCCCUGCCCCUGCCACGGCUGUAUUUUAUUUCCAGUAUUUUUAUUAUUUAAUGAUGUUAUAGGCUAUUAUUUACACUAAAAAUAUCAGAUAUGAUAUGUGUUAUCAGUUGCUAUCUUACGAAUCCGGCUGUAAUCCGCUAUAUCGAUAUUUUUAUCGAAAUCAGUCUAUAAAAGCAAGUUUAAAGUGUUAGUUGAAUUUCCUCGGUUAGGUUAGUUCACGUUUUUCCACUAGCCGAAGUAUAUUAAAUAAAGGAAAAUGGCUGUGUCUAUACACAAUAAUAUAGUUUACGGGCCGGAGGAACGCCAGAUUCCAGCCCACUUGUCGUACCCACAGUUUUUAUUUGACCAGCUGAAGAAGGGUGGAGAUAAAGUAGCCCUAAUAUGCGGAGAGACCGGGAACUCUGUGACAUAUAAGGAUAUCUUGCAACAAAGUGUGAACCUGGCGGUUUCACUACAGAAAAUUGGCUUGAAGAAGGGUGAGGUGGUAGCCCUGUGCAGUGAGAACCGGUUUGAGUUCCCGGUGGCUGCCCUCGCUGCCAUGUAUUGCGGUGCUGUUCUGUGCACACUUAAUGUCACUUAUUCUCCAGGUGAAAUUACACACAUUCUAAAAAUUACGAAACCAAAGAUAAUAUUUACUUCACCGAUCACGGCUCAGAACAUGCAAGACUGCAGUGAAGGAUCCUCUGUGGAGAAAAUAGUGUUAUUUGGAGAUUAUGAUGUCAUCCCGGGCCUUAUGUUCAAAGACCUGGUCAAAGAGCAAGCUAGUGUGGAGAACUUUGAGUUGGCAGAUGCCAGUGGAAAUGACACACUGGCUGUCAUGUGUUCGUCCGGAACCACGGGAUUACCUAAAGGAGUCAUGCUUACACAUAUAAAUUUCCUGACCUUGUCACAGCAUAUGAAAUAUUAUGUGGAAACAUCAACAGAGUCAAACAAUAUUGAAAUAAAGAAUUUCCUAGCUUUAAUACCUUGGUUCCACGCCUAUGGUUUCAUUACAACUUUUGGUGUGUUGUCAUUCCAUCUUGAAAUAGUGUUCCUGACCCGCUUCGAAGAUAAGCUGUUUUUGGAAACUAUUCAAAAUUAUAAGAUAAACAUGAUGACGCUUGUGCCGCCACUGGCAGUGUUCCUGGCGAAGCACCCGCUGGUCCUCAAAUACGACUUGAAGUGUGUCAACGAAGUGUGGUGCGGCGCGGCGCCGCUCUCCGCAGAGAUACAAAAUGCUGUGUCACAGAGGUUAGGCAUAAACUUCAUCCGGCAGGGCUACGGUCUGACGGAGGUGACGAUGGCGUGCUGCGUCGAUCUUUCCUCCAAACGCCGACUAGGGUCCUGUGGGACUCCGGCGCCGGGCAUGAAGAUUAAGGUCAUAGACAUCGAAACCGGCAAACGUAAAGGCGUGGGCGAGGAAGGCGAGUUAUGGAUCAAGUCGCCUCUCCGCAUGAAGGGCUACAUGGGCGACCAGGCGGCCAGCGACGCGCUGUUCGAUCAGGAGGGCUACGUGCGCACGGGCGACAUCGGCUACUACGACAACGAGGGGGCCUUCUAUAUCGUCGAUAGAUUGAAGGAGCUCAUCAAGUACAACGGCUUUCAGGUGGCCCCAGCGGAGCUGGAAGCCCUGCUGCUGCAGCACCCGGGCGUGGCUGAAGCCGGCGUGGUGGGCGCACCCCACGAGAGCGCGGGCGAGCUGCCCACCGCCUUCGUGGUGCGCCAGCCCGGCGCCGCCGUCACCGAGCGGGAGCUACAGGACCACGUGGCCAGCAAGGUAUCACCGGCCAAGCAUUUGAGGGGAGGUGUUAUAUUCCUCGACGACAUUCCCAAGAACCCUUCCGGUAAAAUCUUGAGGCGAGAAUUGAAAGUUUUAUUAAAAACGCAUAAAAAGAGCAAGCUUUAAAGUACAAAUAAACCAAAGAGAUGUCUACAUUAUGUAGUUAUUUUGUUUUAAGAGCUUUGACAUUAUAAUUUAAUUUGUUGUCACGUGAUUAUAAUUUAUUGUAGGUAGUAAUUAAAACUUCAAAAUAUACUGUUACCAAUUCA